AAAAGAAAUUCUCAAUGAAUUGAAGCAUACGUACGGAGCUUAGGGCGGUAAUUAUAACAGCUUUGCUUAUCAAAGCGGGAUAACUCCAAUGUCAACAAUCACACCUGGCGAGCAGUGCCUCAAGGAUAAAGUACUGAAAGAUUGUGUUCAUUUGUGAAAGCAUGCCAGCUGCAGUAGAGAUAAGACCAGGGGUGUCAGACUUCAGCACAGUUCAUGAACCAUUGGGAGAAUUAUUUGAUCCUAUUACAAACCCAGCUGACUGGAGAAAGCACCUGCUUAGCAAGGAUCAAAUAGACUUGUUUUGGAGAGAUGGAUUUUUACUCAAUGUCCCAUUGCUAAGUCCUGGACAAUGUGACAAGAUCCUGGAUGACUACAAGAUAUUUAUGGGUGAAACCACACACCCAGGAAUGGACAUGAUGUAUGAAUACCAUAGUAACCAGAGUGGUGACCCUACCAAUGUUCUGAUCCAUGGUCUUGGGCACUGGCGACUGACAAAGCUGUUCCAUGAUCUUGCCUUCCUCCCUCAGGCUGUGGUUCCUACUUCACAAUUACUUGUGAAAGACAAAACACUUCCUGUGAGAUUUUGGCAUGAUCAGUUGUUUGCCAAACCGCCUCAUCAUGGUGGCUGUGUGGCAUGGCACCAGGAUUAUUCAUACUGGACUAGGACACAGCCCAUGCAGCAUCUUACAAUACACAUUGCCCUGGAGGAUCAGACCGAGGAAAAUGGCACUCUGUUCUACAUACCAGGCUCACACAGAUGGACCAGAAACGGAGGUCCACUACCAGUCACAGACUUCAACUUCAAAGACAUGGAAUCUAUCAAGACAGUGCUAACGGAGGAAGAGAGGAAAUGUUUUAAACCCAUACCAUCCAUGUUGAAGAAAGGAGAAGCCAGUUUUCACCAUGCUAUGGCAGUCCAUGGUUCCUAUGGUAACAGGCAUCUUUUGUUGAUUAGGUCAGACAGCCCCAGAAGAGCUGCUGUUUUGAACUACUUUGCUGAUGGCACAUUGUCCAACACAGACGACGAACUUCUCAAAGGGAUCACAAUUCCUAAGGGAAAAAGGAUGGAUGGGCAAUUCUUUCCAGUUGUAUUUGAUCCAAAAUGGAUGGAAUGAUUUUAUGUGUACAGGGACAGAUAAAAAAAAUCAAAAUAAAACAGCAAUUGAAAAAUUUUGAUUAUUUUUAAUGUGAUCAAUUCAGAGGUCACGGAAUUUAGUCUGAUUAAAAUAAUUCUUUUCAGGUUACUUUCAGUUACAAUAAAUUAGGGGAGCGAGAUAAUCAGACUGCAAGGAAUUGUAUGUUUAAUGUUUCAUAAUUUUUAAAAUCAAUACAUGUAUUAGCUCAUCUUAAAUAAAGGCUCUAGUGAGUUUCAUUUCGUUCUGAUAUGAAACUUUCGAACAUAAGAUUUUUUUUACUGUUUACAAAUCUUUUUAUGUAUUGUGUGCUCAGUAGAUCAAAUAUUCUUCAGUGUGAUGGGAGUAAAAUUAAUUAACUUUGCAUGUUGAUUUGGUUAUGUUGAUGAAGACAUUUUUUUGAAUAAAAGAAUUUGCAAAUCUUA